GAGGUGAGAAAAUGAGAAAUAGAGCAAGUAGACGAGACGAGAACAGGGUGGGAGGAAGAGUGAAAAAACCUAGGAAAUGAGAAAACAAGGGCAGAAGUGGUUUGUGGUUGCUGUUCGACAACGUGUUUCGAUCGUGACAGGGCAGAGAUGGAGGUAUGAAGGAAAUGGUAACAGGGGGUUUGACUUGAUAGACAAUGAGGAAGAAGUAAUUCAAAGUGAUGAAAAGAGGCAGAUUGUUUAAAAGCGACUGAGAGUGUGGAUUCAGGCUACAGCUGGAAUAUGGGUGAGUCCAGCAUCUGCCAGGUGAGGGCGACGGUCAUGGUGUACGAUGACACAAACAAGCGCUGGGUGCCAGUGGGUUCUGACAGUCCGGCCUUCAGUCGCAUCCAGAUCUACCACAACCCCGCCACUAACACCUACCGGGUGGUGGGACGCAAGAUGCAGGCUGACCAGCAGGUGGUGAUCAACUGUCCAAUUAUCAAAGGGAUGAAGUACAACCAGGCCACACCGAACUUCCACCAGUGGCGGGAUGCCAGACAGGUGUGGGGGCUGAACUUUGGCAGCAAGGACGACGCUGCUCUCUUUGCCAAAUCCAUGAUGCAUGCGUUAGAGGCGGUCAGUGCACCUCCUGAGCCAGGUCACUGCUCUGCUCAGAAUGGACCCUCUGCAGAGGAGCUGGAACACCAGAGGAGACUAGAGCAACAGAGGCAGGAACAGCAAGAGAGGGAGCGUCUAGCGAGAGAGAGACAGGCCUCAGCUGCCCCUCCUGCUCCUCCUGCUCCUCCUGCACCCCCCGCCCCUCCUGCUCCGCCUGCCCCACCGGCCGGUCCACCUGCCCCACCACCCCCCUCUGGUGGUCCUCCACCGCCCCCAGGCCCACCCCCGCCUCCUGGACCACCACCACCACCUGGACCGCCACCUCCUCCUGGAGGCGGGGCCCCACCUGCACCACCCCCGCCUAGUGGAGGGGGUGGGGGAGGCGGUGGGGGAUCAGAUCUGGCUGCGGCCCUGGCCGGAGCUAAACUGCGGAAGGUAGCCAAGGAUGAAGGUGGAGCAGCAGCCCCGGCACCCAAAGCAGCAGCUUCAUCAGGAGGUGGAGGAGGAGGCGGAGGAGGUGGAGGUGGAGGUGGUGGACUAAUGGGAGAGAUGAGUGCUAUCCUUGCCCGGCGGCGGAAAGCCGCAGAUAGUCCAGCCGCAAAGAAAGAAGAACCUCAAAAUGACGAUCCUGACUCCUCGAUAUCAAAAUCCUCAGGACCUGGAGAAAUCCUUGGAAAACCCAAGGAAAAAUCUGCCACCAUGCCAAGGCCCAAAUCCUCAUCCAUCAAUCAGAAGGACUCUGGAGUCAGUCCCAGUUCUCCACUCCCCUCUAACGUCACUUCUUCCCCAGUGUCCAGGAUGAAGGUGAUGAAAAGGAACUCAGAUGUUGGUGGAUGUGAAGGUACCGAUCUGGAACGAAUCAAACAGGAGAUCCUCGAGGAAGUGAAAAAAGAACUUCACAAAGUGAAGGAGGAGAUUAUUACAGCAUUGAUUCAGCAGCUACAAGGUGCAGGGAUCCAGAACGAAGACUCCUGAGUGUGGGAUGACCAGAUAACAUCUGUGAAUGAAGGGUGGUGAAUGUCCUAUCAUGCUAUGCUCAAGCCAUCUGCAUCACGUUUACCAUCUAGCCCAUCCAAAAUACGUGGUCUCUACAUACUCGUUCUCCUGAGCAUCUCUGAUGUUUAUUAUUAUACCUUUUUUAUUUUACCAUGAUGUAUGCAACAGCCAGCCUCCUCCCUUUCUGUCUUUGCUUGGAGAGACAUCAAGUUGGGCACUGAAAUUGGGUAUUAAGUGUUGCCUGGACUGUUUCACCACUCACUCCUUCAUUUUAUAUCUAAAUACAACAUGGGGUAAAGCAGGGAACAGUGCAACUCAGUAUUGAAAAUUGCCAUUAAGUUGAAAAAAGCAAAUUGUGGAUUGGAUGUGUGCUGAAAUUGAGUGUGGAUGCUAAUGAUUCCUCAAGUGUCAUAAGUUAUUCAUGAAGUAUAGACAUGUUGAUCAUCUGGGCAAACAUUUCAGGCAGUCUGACAUGAUGUUUUCUCCUGCACAAAGAGAGAAAGAGACAGGAGUUAAUAUCAGGGUCAACUGAACAUCCUCUCUCAUGUUGCUGGUACAGAGAUUCAGGGAAAACCAUUAUCCACAUUAACAGUAGUAGCAGUAUUACUACU